ACUAAGUCCGGGACGCGCACACGGGUGGGAGCUGGCAGCAUGGAGCCACACAGGACUCUCACUCUCAUCACCUUCUUCAUCAGCAGCGUCUUCCUCUCUCUCCAGACCAAAGAAGUUGUCCUGCUGGAUUUCGAGAAGACGCAAGGAGAACUCGGCUGGCUCACCCAUCCCUACGGCAAAGGGUGGGAUUUGCUGCAGAAUAUGAUGAACGGCAGCAUGAUCUACAUCUAUUCCGUGUGCAACGUGCAGGAGGGAGACCAGGAUAACUGGCUGCGCACCAACUGGAUCUACCGCAGCGAGGCGCAGCGCAUCUUCAUCGAGCUCCGCUUCACCGUGCGCGACUGCAACAGCUUCCCCGGGGUCUCGGGCGCCUGCAAAGAGACUUUCAACCUGUACUACGCCGAGUCCGACGUGGAUUACGGCACCAACUUCCAGAAACGCCUCUUCCGCAAAAUCGACACCAUCGCCCCCGACGAAAUCACGGUGCGGGAUGACUUUGCCUCGCGUAACGUCAAGAUAAACGUAGAAGUCCGCUCCGUGGGGCCGCUCAGCCGGAAAGGCUUUUACCUGGCGUUUCAGGACAUAGGGGCCUGCGUGGCACUGCUGUCAGUGAGGAUCUACUACAAGAAAUGCCCCGCUGUGGUGCAGGGGAUGGCAGAGUUCCCGGAGACGGUGGCCGGAGCCGAUUCGCAGCCCCUGGCAAAGGUUUCUGGGAAGUGCGUCACAAACGCCGUGUCCGUUGGCGGAGAGGAGCCAAGCAUGCAUUGCAACACCGAUGGCGAAUGGCUGGUUCCGAUUGGGCAGUGUCUGUGCCAGGCCGGCUACGAGAAGGUCGGCGACCAGUGCCGAGCUUGUCAACCUGGGUUCUUUAAAACCGACAUCUCCGACAGCCCAUGUCUGCCGUGCCCGGAUCACACGGAGCUGGCACCAGAGGGCGCCACCACCUGCGCUUGCCAGGACGGCUACUUUCGUGCCGCCGCAGACCCCAUUUCAUCCGCCUGCACCCGUUCCCCCACUGCCCCGCGCGAACUCACUGCCGUAGGCUUAGGAUCCAAGGUGAUGCUACAAUGGUCUCCACCUAGUAACACGGGUGGCCGCGAAGAUGUCACCUACGUGGUAACGUGUGAGCAAUGCUGGCCUGAGCAGAGCGAAUGCCAACCGUGCGACGCCAGCGUGCGAUAUUCAGAGAACCCCAGCCAUCUGAAGGGGACCACCUUAACCAUCAGUGACCUAGAACCUCAUCUGAACUACUCCUUCUCUGUGGAAGCCAGAAAUGGGGUGUCCAGUUCCAGCUCCAGACGCAGCUAUGCGACUUUGCGUGUCAGCGUGAAUCAGACGGAACCCCCUAAAGUGACGUCUGUGAAUCUGGACAGCCGUAGCACGAAUUCUCUGAGCCUGUCAUGGACCGUUCCUCCGCGGCAGCAGAACCGGGUCUGGAAGUAUGAGGUCACCUAUAAUAAGAAGAAUGAUGAGAACAGUUACUCCGUUCAACGCUGUGAGGGGAAUUCGGUGACCAUUCUCAAACUUGUCCCAGAGACCACCUACAUUGUGCGCAUUCAGGCAAUCAUGCCGGACGGCUCAACCGGCGUCGGGAGCAUGGAGUAUGAAUUUGACACUCUGCGUUCUGAAUCAGAUGAUACAAACCAGGCAGCUAUUAUUGGAGGAGCAGCCGCCGGCGUGUCUGUAAUCGUCGUCUUGAUCAUUGUGGUCAUUAUUCUGCACAAAAGUAGAAGGAACGGUCGAGGCCGCCAGUCCCCUGAAGAUGUCUAUUUCUCCAAAUCAGAACAACUGAAACCCCUUAAGACGUAUGUGGAUCCGCACACGUACGAGGACCCCAACAAAGCCGUCCUGAAGUUCACCACUGAGAUCCCUCCCAACGCAGUCACUCGGCAGAAGGUCAUUGGUGCAGGGGAGUUCGGUGAGGUGUAUAAAGGGAUCCUGAAGCUGCCAGGAAAGAAGGAAAUUCCGGUGGCCAUAAAAACUCUGAAAGCCGGCUACACCGAGAAACAGCGCAUCGACUUUCUAAGCGAGGCCAGCAUCAUGGGACAGUUCUGCCACCACAACAUCAUCCAUUUGGAAGGAGUCGUCUCCAAAUAUAAGCCAAUGAUGAUCAUCACAGAGCACAUGGAGAAUGGCGCCCUGGACAAAUUCCUUAAGGACAAUGAUGACGAGUUUAGUGCCAUCCAGCUGGUGGGUAUGCUGAGAGGCAUCGCGUCUGGAAUGAAGUAUCUUUCUGAUAUGAACUACGUCCACCGGGACCUGGCUGCCCGUAACAUUCUGGUGAACAGCCAGCUGGUGUGCAAAGUGUCCGACUUCGGCCUUUCUCGAGUGUUGGAGGACGACCCAGAGGCCACAUACACAACCAGUGGUGGAAAGAUACCCAUCCGCUGGACGGCCCCAGAAGCCAUCUCCUAUAGAAAGUUUACCUCUGCCAGUGAUGUAUGGAGCUACGGCAUAGUCAUGUGGGAAGUGAUGUCAUAUGGAGAACGUCCAUACUGGGAGAUGUCCAAUCAGGAGGUCAUGAAGGCCAUUAAUGAGGGGUUCCGGCUGCCAGCGCCAAUGGAUUGCCCCUCCGCCAUAUACCAGCUUAUGAUGCAAUGCUGGCAGCAGGACCGCAGCCGACGACCCAAAUUCACAGACAUCGUCAGCAUCCUGGACAAGCUGAUCAGAAAUCCAGACUCCUUAAAGACACUGGCUGAUUUUGACCCAAGGAUCUCCAUCCGCCUGCCCAGCACCAGUGGAUCGGAGGGAAUGCCGUUCAGGAGUGUCGCGGAAUGGCUGGAAUCCAUCAAGAUGCAGCAGUACACGGAGUGUUUCAUGUCCUCACAGUUUAAUUCCAUGGAUAAGAUCAUCCUCAUGAACCAAGAGGACAUUAAGCAACUUGGCAUCCGGCUCCCGGGACACCAGAAACGAGUGGCUUUUAGUAUCCUGGGACUUAAGGAGCAGGCCAGUACCAUGGGCAUCCCGAUCUGAGGACCAGCGGGCCCCCAAAUCGGCACUGGGACCCCCAUCCAUCUAAAGACCAGUGAACCACCAGAGCUCGGAGAUAUGGUCGCUCCAUCUCCUGUGAACAAAAGUAUAACCAGUGCUGGGGGCCACCCCAGAUACAGACGUACUUGAAAACCAUUUGGUUCCAGAACCAGAAAGUCUUCCCUCCUGACGUGGACUCCUGUGGACUCUAGAGCUGCUCUCGUUUUCGGUUCCUUGUGGUCUUUUUUUGGUUUGUUUGAUGCAGACCUGCCAGUUCAUACAACACGGGAUGAUUACACGCAACACUGCGCUACACCACCACGGCAGGGACAGACACGUGCACGGGUCCAUGUGAUUUACAUUUCAGAAUCUAGGACCCUCGGAGCGUCACGGGGGUGGAAAGCUCGCCUGCUCUUAACUUUUUGUGUAAAUAUAAGCCGAGUCCGUUGCUGCAGAAUGCGGUGCGUUUGCUGGACCUGAGCACUUUUUUCUGGACACUGUCCUGGUUGCCGCCUGAUCCGGAGCUGCAGCAGAUGCGAAACCUCCCGCCCGUUAGGCGUUCACACAUUCCCGGCAAACAGAAAUUAUUACGUUUAAAAAAACCUUUAUUACAACUGCUGUCUUUCUAAAAUGGUACAAAAAGGGCAAAGUCCAGAGUGGCAUUAUUAUCCUUUUUUUUUUUUAUAUUUAUGACGUAUUCUGCCGCCAUGGGGCACAGCAGCACGACGUUCUGGGUCACUUUCCAUUCCAUAGCUGGGUUCCCCUACGUCUGAUACGGAUAUAUAAUCAUUAUUAACUUCCUAAAUCUUACAUUCUGUCCCCAAACAAGUGCUGUGAUGAUCAGACAACGGGGUAUCCCUUCCAGUUCCCAUUGUUGGGGAAACUGAAGAGGCCUCUUAUAGCUAAACCAUGUUCUAAGAUGCCCGAUACCUCCCUAUCCUGCCAAACUGCUCCAGGGGCAAUCCUCGCAGCGUUCCCCUGAUGUAUAAUCGACAUGUAGUUAUUCUGUUAUUUAUAAUCUUCGCGUAGUUCUUGGGUGAAAAGCUUAUUCUUUAAUUCCCCAGGAAUGUCACACAAUUUUACAACAGAUGUUUCGGAUCUCCUCGUACACUCUGUGGAAUUUUAUGAACAAAAAUAGAAAGUGCCUUUUUCCCACAUAGCGAAGUGUCCGAAUCUCUGUUUUUAUUUUUUUAUUGUUAUUUUUGUAAUUUAUUCCUGCAGUGCCUUGUUCUUUUUGUAUAUAGAUUUGUUCUCUCAGUGCGCUCAGUGUUAAUGCUGUACGUUCCAAUUAUUUAUUUUUUUAUAUUUAUUGAUAGAUCUUGAAAGGCUGGUUUUACUUUUCUCAGAAAUAAACCUGCACAUUAGUUUUUCAAAAGAA